AUGUUCAGCUCCUGGUUCGGCGGCUAUCAAGCCUCGCAAGCACGUUCGAGAACACAAGCGCAGCAACGCAGCAAGACCAUCGUCACGUGUAAAGAGACGCACUUUGAGGUCAUUGGCGGGGGAGCACAACAGCCACUUCAGCAUCAGCAGCAGCAGCGACUCGCGCAGGCGCCGCAUCGACAUGAGGACCACGGGCCUCCACGCCUGCCCCUCGAGCUCGUGACAGAGAUAGUCUUCCUGGCCGCUCGUGCCAUUCUCCUCGAAUCGCGCGACGAUGCGGCGUCGGCGUGCUCCUCCUCGCCGAGCGCCUCAACAACAGCGCUUCGUCUCGCCUCUAUCAACACUCUAGCAUACAACGCCGUGGUAGGCAAUCUGCUGCUACGCGAGCUCAUCCUCACAGGCGCAGAGCAGGUCGCAGCAUUUGCGCAUUCCCUCCGCAAGCACAAACGCCUCGCACGUCUCGUCGCUGCGGGCAAGGUGAAGCGACUAGUCGUAAUGCAACGUCGUUCUCGCCACGAGGAGAGGCAGGGGCAGGGACUCACUCGCGACUCACUGUACGACGCCCGACUGCGCGAUGCCACCUUCGCGAAAAUCGUCCUCUUACCGCUGCGAGGAGUAGUUCUGCCCCUGGUGGCAAGCGGGCUUGAAGAACUACACAUCGAGUCAAUACCUACGUGUCUUCUACCGGUGCCCUCCACCGUAUCGGGCCCUGCCUCUGCUUCGAGGUGGCGCGGAGUGCGCGAAGUGACCUUCACGCUCAGCCCGUGGGGAGGGACGAGGAUACCGGACGUGUUUCGUUCCUCCAAAACGGCCUGGGAGCGUCUCACCUCUGUGCAGCUACAAGGCUCCGAAGGCUUCCGCUUCUGCGUCUCGAGCGCGCUAGCCCUCGCCUCUCUGCCCGAGCUCAGAAGGGUGGGGAUGGUGAUGCCUAGUAGCCACAACGGGCAUCAAGGAGAGGGUGAAGGGUACGCUGAGGCGUUGCGAGUGCUGGUGAUGCUGACGAGUGGGAAGUUGGAGGAGCUCCUCGUUGUAGGGCAUGAUGCGGAGGGUUGGGCAGGGUGGAGCACUCCUUACCGGCCGGCGUUGCGUUGUUUGAGGGUAGCGCGGCGGGGGCCGGGCGAGGCGAGCGCGGGCAGAAGGUUGAGGAUCAAGCACAUUACCGCACGACUGCGCGCCAUAAACGAGGAGGAUGGAGCGGGAAUUAAGCCGCCACACCAGCAUCCUAGCUUCUUUCGCUCCUGGAUCGUUGCGCGUACCGCCGAGCAGACGCAAUGGGAGUGGCCCUGUCGCGAUGCAGAGGAAGGGUGGACGCAGAUCGCGAAGGCAGAGGCAGGCGCGCCGCCGGCUGACGUGCGAUUCGACGUCGAGUGGCGAUGUGAUGAGUGGGAGGUGCCCGAGGAGGAGCCGGUGAGCGACGACGAAGAGAAUGGGGAGCGUCGACAGGGUAGAGGAGUGGGAUACGCGGAGCAUGGCGGGGGGAGAGCGAUUCCCGUUGCAGCUUAG